CCUCUCACUCAGCUCCAGCAGCCCUAUGGACCGCCCCACAUCGGGUGGGCACCACCAGGCAGGUGAGGAGAGGAGAAAAGCCUGCUUGGGUGACCUGGGGCCAGCCCAGAAGGACGACCAUUCCAUCUUCUGCCAGCGCCAUGGGCUGGCUCCAUGGGACACACAGCAGCUGCUGCGUCCACAGAGUGGGGAACCUGGUGAGGAUUCAAGGUGGGCCUGGACUGGGCAGUCCCAGUAAGCAGCUGGUGACAUGGGGGCUGCAUCUAAUUCUCAGGGAGAGCAGGGUGUGGACAGGGUGUGAGGCCCAGCAAGCCAGGCCCAGGGGAGUAGGGAGCAGAUCACAAGAUGUUCCUAAUCCAGGUGGCCCUGGCUUCCACUAUACUGAACACAAACCAACCCUGUCAGAGGACGCUGCCCCUUGUUUAUAAAUUUGGGUUCUAGAAAAAAACCCCGAUGCUGUUUUUGGAGCCAUGUGAUGGGACUGCUAGAAAUCAGGCAGGGAAAGGCAAUUGGCAGGCACACUUCCAGGUUGGGGGCAUCAGGCACUGUGACAGCGAGGAUGGCGCAGGGAUGAGUGGGGAGCUUCCCUGCAGGGAUCUGAGAUCGCCAGGCAGAAGCUAGGCUGGGAUAGGGCGGGAAACGCAUUACACAAUAAAGAUUAGAUUGCAGAGGGCCCAGCCUUCUAAUGUUCCUCCUGCUCUCUGAAGCUCCCUCCACAGGCUCCUCCAUCCCAGAACCUUCCGACAGGUAUGUCUAGAAGUCAGUUUGGACAGGGGCAGAAACCUCUAGACGUGUUUUUCUGGGUGAACGAGAUAAGCGGAGAAAUCACCUACCCCCCGCAGAAGGCAGAUGCACCUGCUGUUUCUCCUGGGAGCCCACAAGAGAAGGCCCCAUCUUGGCCCAGGAGCAUGCAGGGGGCUCCUUGCAGUCCCCAGGGCCCGCCUGCACAGAGGCCUGCCCCUGCACCUCCAUCUAAGGCUUCUCUGAAAGACUUAGGCUCAGGUAGCCCCCGCCCAUCUGCACCGACCUGGGCCAGGCCAAAGCCGGAGGAGCGAGGAGCCCCCCACCGUUCUCAGCAAUCCCUGUUACCAUCUCAUCACCAGGAGUGACUCUGCCCAUACUCGGGCCCCUGGGACCAGCUCCUCAGCCACCAAUCUUGACCUCUCCUCUCAGCCCUUCUGCACCCUGGGACUUCACCUGCAAGCUGAAAAAUGUCCUUACUGGGAAUAACUGGUUUUCCUUUUGAAUCUAAAGAAAAUUUGGCCACACUCUUUAAGCACCUUCCUGAGCCACCUGUGGCCAGGCUCUGCGGGCCCCGACUGCCUUCCUUGGAAGCACAGGCCUCACCCUGGGGGUCUCACAGGAACGUGCCCAAUGCUUUCAAACCCAGUAAAAUUUUACUUAGAUUUUGACAUAA